AUGCAAAGAACUAAGCAACUUCGAGGUGAGGACACAUGGAUGCUACCUGAUGUGAAUGAGAGAAUUGAACAGUGCUCACAGGAACACUCUGUGAAGAAAAAGAAGAAAAAAGACAAGCAUUCAAAAAAAGUGAAGAAAGAAAAGAAAAAGAAGAGCAAGAAACAGAAAUGUGAAAAACAGAGUGAGUCGACUGACAGUUCCUCAAGCUCUGAUGAGUGGGUUGAGGCCGUCCCUUCCCAGACACCUGUUAAAGAAAAGACCUGGAAAGUGAAAGACAGAAGGCCAGAAAAAGCAUGUGACAGCCACAUUAUGCAGCGGGAUGAGUGGAUGACUGUUGAUUUUAUGUCUGUCAAAACUGUGUCCUUAUCAUCACUCAAAGCUGAAAAGGAAUCUCUAAGGAAAAUAGAGCGGGAGAAAGCCCAAGCGCUAGAACAGUCCAAACUACAAGAAAGAGAAUUGAAUCCAUAUUGGAAGGACGGUGGGACAGGUCUACCAUCAGAAAAUUGUAUACCGGCAGUUACUAAAGGUAUUUUUAUAUUUUUUGUGGACUCUAUUACUGUUGUGAUUUUUGUGGUUCUGCAUACUUUGAUAUAUUAUUCUCUCUUACAGUCAAUGGAAAUAUUUCAGUCAAAAUUAAAAGAAGCUGAAAAAAUUGCAUGCAAAAGAGAAGACUGUGGACGGGAACCAUGGAGGAAGCCUGCAUAUUCAGAUAGAGCACAGUGUAGUCAAGCAAGUGGCACUUCAGACUUAGUGAAAUGUAAGAAGCACUCAGAGGACAGACACUUUGCAAAAGAGGUUGCAAACAGUAGCAGCAGCAGCAGGAGCGACUAUAAGUUUAGUGGUCUUGACUUAGGGAAGAGAUCUGGGUCUUUAGAAAAAUGUAGAAGAGAGUCUGCCCUAGAACAAAGGCAAGAAUCUUCUGGAAAUUUGAGACCUAAAUUCUUAAAACCCUCUGAUAAGGAUGAACUAUCAUUUCACAGCAAGAGGAGAAAUUUUGAACCAUCUACUUCAUCUACAUUAGUGGCUCCAGCUUCUUUACAUUGUGAUUUUCAAAAACUCACAGAGAACAGUGAAGAAAAUUUGACUUCCUGGAUCCUGUCUGGUGGGAGAGAAGGAAACCAAAAACAUUCAGAUCAAAAGCCACUGGAAACCUGGAGCUGGAGUGCUGAUCAGCACUCUCCAGGAGAUAGGAGAGAACAGUUGCAGGCUGAGAACUUGAGGGGUGACCUACCAAGAAGAGGACAUCUGCAGGAUACAAAGUCAACAUUUGCUGGUUGUUCAGAGGCAGAGUCCACCUGUAUCUUGAAUAUUGAUGAAAAGAACAAAUUGGGUGCCAAGAUUAUCAAGGCAGAGAUGAUGGGGAAUAUGGUAAGACCCCUGUGUGUUUUAUACUUGGAAAAGAAUGAAAUGUUUAACCUUCACAGAUAUUUUUAG